AUGGCUGCCAUGACCGAAGCCCCUGCUACAGGCCUUCUCAACCUUGAGAAUGAGCUCGUCUGCUUUAUAUGCACCGAGGUUCUCUAUCAGCCUCUGACCCUCCUCGACUGCCUACAUACCUUCUGCGGCUCUUGUCUGAAAGAAUGGUUCUCUCACCAACACCGCAAAGCAGUCCACGCGCGUGGCCCCUCCUCCACGAAUCCAUACACCUGUCCAACAUGUCGCGCUCCUGUCAAAAAUGCCCGGCCCUAUGCGAAGAUAAAUACCCUGUUGGAGAUGUUUUUGAUCGCAAACCCUGGCAGGGACCGGACUCCGGAAGAGAAAGCUGAGAUGUCGCAGGCGUAUAAACCAGGUGAAGAAAUUCUACCAAAGAUCGAGAAUCAUCGGAGAAGGGAGAGAAGAAGGCGGGAGGAGGAGGAGCCAAGCCCGGGAGAUUCAAGACGAGCCACCACCGGCAGCAGUAGAAGUCGAGAACGAAGAGAGACAACGGACAGGCAAAGAGACAGCGACCGCCGCCAGAGACGUGACCAACAGCACACUUCAGAUACGGAGCUCUCUCGUCCGCGAACAGCAAGCUCCUCGAACUCGGCAGAUCCUUCGUCCCUGUCUCCUCCGCCCAGUUCACCCAGGCAUCCCGAGGCUGUCGAAGCACGUCAAAGGGGUGCUCGGUCAAUUGCUCAUCAAGCAAGUCUGAUAUCCCUGGUCAGUGCUUCGGAAAGUGGGACGGGCACAGGCGAUAGUUUAGACGAGGCACGGAUCAUGCAAGAGAUUCUUACUGAGGGUCUCUUGGAGGGCAUCAAUAUCGAUGAGCUAACGGAGCAAGAACAGGACGCGCUGAGCGAGGUCAUCGCCGAACGGAUCAGGCAAUUGCAUGCGGAGAGGCAUCGACGACCAGGCUCAGAUGACAGUCGGCCUGACACUCAAGGGGAGCCGACGAGGUUUCAGGAAUCACGAGUUGAAGAAACAGAACGCCAUUCCCAUCAUGCAUCCAGGAACAGCAAUCGCGAACGGACGCAGCCAAGCCCAAGGUCGAGCCACAACGUGGUUAUUGGGGGCAAUGGCACCCGACCUCCCGCAGCUUCAACUCAAUCAGUAACUGACCAGUUGCUGACGCCACCGCAGACCACAUCACACCGACGGCGAGCCUCUGAUGAGAGUCGGAGGCGCAAUACUUCUGCAACGAGAACAGACCGCACGCCUCAUCCUGCGGUGAGAUCAGCAACAGAUCUCUCCAACAGACCCAUAUCGAGUGCAGGUGGCGCGGAUCGCCUCCAGCAACUCCAGCAGGGGCCUCAUGCGCACAGAUCUAAUACUGAGCCGAGGACUCCUCCGAGGGCAUCUGAAGUAUGGCAGGCUGCUGGUGGACGUCUCAUUUCCAGUCCGCCACAAGUUGGUUCGCCAGCUCAACAGUCACCGAGGUCGGAAUCUGUGCAGCCUCUCAUGUCGAGCGUGGCUCUCGGUCCCGUGCCGACCUCCAUUCCCACACUGGAAUCAGAAGCUUCUGUUCCUGGUCCAACAGAGUUGCCCGCCACGAGCGUCCCAACCAGGUCAGCCGAGCCAUGCAUUUCGUGCUCGCGGUGUGCUCGUCCAAACAUUCAGUAUGAAGUCCAUAAGCACUGUGCUGCUUGUAAGGUAGACAUCUGCCUGCGGUGCUAUAGGAGUGGGCGAGGAUGCAAUCAUUGGUUUGGGUUUUAUCGCUCUGCCAUGCUCAAAUUCAACGCAUCUCAUCCCCCGAAUCGCAACAAUCAGUCUAUGGGACUACCACACUUGCCAAUCAGCCGACAGUAUGAGAAGCCCUCGGUGACCAAUACGACUGCCGAUGCAAAAUCACGCCUGAAAGAGGGCAACUUUUGCGAUCGAUGUGGCCUUUUUGCCAACGGCUACUUUUGGUCGUGCGACUAUUGCAAUGAGGGCGAGUGGGGUUUCUGCAACGACUGCGUGGGUAGCAACCAUUGCUGUGAUCAUCCCUUACUGCCGGUGGCCUACAAAUUAUCCGACUCAAACUCUGCCACCUCCAGAUUAGGAAGCGGUCCGGGUGCUGCGACACUCAGUCCCUACAGCUCUGGUGGGCGAGACAUCUCCCCGGCUCAGAGCGCAGCCUCAAGCGUCACGUCCGGAACGGGGCCUUACCCUGGUCUCCGUCCCGAUUUUGUGCCGCUAUCUGUUACCACUAACUGUGACAUUUGUUCUCGCUCGAUUCUACUGCAAGAGACACGGUACCAUUGUCCAUCACAUCCGACUCCCACACCGGAAAACCCUGGCCAAGAAGGCGACUACGAUGUUUGCAGCGCCUGUUACUAUGGCUUGGUCGAGACGGGGCGGGUGGCGCGCGAAGAUGGGCCAGAUGGCUGGCGUCUCUGUCCCGACGGGCACCGAAUGAUUGCCAUCACCUUCGAACGGGAUGAGGAAGGCAAUGAUCGAAGAGUUAUCACUCGCGAUAUUGUGGGUGGCGUAAAAAUGACAGAUGCCGAUGUGGCAGCGUGGAAACUUGCGACGAAAAAUCAACACCGUGUUAACGGAACAAACCUUUCUGCAGUGCAGGGUGACUGGACCUGGCGAGAAGACGAAGCCGGCACACGGCGCAAAACACGAGCUAGGACUUCCACUCUCCCACGUUCAGGAAUGCAGAUCCCGCCGGAUGGCGGCUGGGGCAAGUCGUACGUCGCCAGAUGGGGUUAUUACCCUCUCGAAAAUGCUGGCAAUGCGAAGGAUGAGCUGUUGUUCCCCAAGCAUGCUAAUAUCCGUGAGGUGGAGGAAAUCAACGACGAGUGGUGGUUCGGUGUCUAUGCCGGCGAUGCUGGCGUGUUUCCUGGGGUGUUUGUGACCAGGCCUUGA